AUGCUCAGUGCAGCAGAGAAGCACCCCAUUGCGGCGGACACAAAUAACAAGAUACGAGAUUUGGGGUUUUUUUUCCUGAUAAGAUUACUAGGACAGGAAGGAUUAUCUAAGCGACGGAUUCAAGAAAAAAAAAUCGAUGUUUUGUUUAUGGGCUUCAUAGUACCCGGUGUGAUACUAAAACUAAACGUGAAGUCAUCGUCCCGACGGCAUAACCGUGGGGUGAAACGCAUUUUUGUGGCCGAAGAUAGACAGAAGGACUUUAAUCUGGACUAUAAGCGCAAGUGUACUACGGCUUCCAUAAUACCUUCGAAAGGCGACGCUCGCCAGCGAAAGACACCGCAACCGCGCAAAAUUGAACACAUAACACACUUGCCGCCCGAGAUAUUACUCGAGAUAUUUGUGGAGUCGGAAAGCCUUCAUAGUUUGGGCAAGGUGAACAAGCUUUUUCACACACUUGUUGAGCAUAAUUAUGACAACUUAGCAUACGAAACCAUAAAGCGCAAAUAUUUCACAUCGAUACGGACCACACAGCGGAAAUUAUCAUUCUUAAAACGACGCGUGAGUAACGAUGUAGACCAUGACCAUGACAGACACGCCUUACGCACUGAGCUAGAACGAAUAAGGGCCGAGCUCCCCCUGGAGGAGCCCACUUGCUAUAUGUCUGCCUACCAGAUCAACAUUUUAGACGAGAAAUGUUUCAAAAGCACAGUAUUCAGAUCGAAUAUCUUUAGGAUGUUGUCUCCCGAUUUGAUUCUAUCUGGCGAGCAGAUUUCACAGAUACCCCCGGAAUUGGAGGAGCUCAAGAGAGGGGGUGAAAAUGCUCUCAAGUCCAAACUUCUAGAGCAGUACAAAACCACCGCGAUCGCCUUCCCAUACUUGGAUGGAGACAAUGAUCACGAUAUAGAUUACAUUCACAGCGACUAUCGAGAUAAACUCAUAAUGAUACGGCAUCUGGUUGAGCGCGAUACGCACUUUAGCACACCAAUAUACCAAAUGGUUAACUUAAUAAUAUAUUUGAAGAAUGCCUAUAAACGAGCUGGCUUUGAAAACGAGAUUAUAGACACUAAGGUAUACCAGAGACUCAUUGACCACAAUAGGCCGCCCAAGUACGGAACCGAAAGCAAGUCAAAACUCACAGAUCCUAGCGUUAUUGUCAACUGUUUGAAGUUCAACGAACACAGUCUCUUGAAGUUGAUAAUCAAAGAGUACGAUCUCGCCAAGUUGGCUUCUGAUCUCGAGGUGUGGAACUUCAUCCUGGAGUCGAAAAACUACAGCUAUUUCCACCAACUUGAAAAACUAGGGCUCCAACCGACUUCAGGAGUUCUCAAAAUCUUCAGCUAG